AUGGAUUGUACUCAGGCUCAAAAAGUUCACUAUGGGACGCAUAUGCUAGCAGUCGAAGCUGACGACUGGUGGCUAGCAACACGACCUAGACUAGAAGUUGCAGGUGAAGAGAUCACUUGGGACGUGUUCCGAAGAGAAUUCCUGAGGAAGUAUUAUCCUGAGGGCGUCCGUGGCAAGAAGGAAAUCGAGUUCCACGAACUGAAACAAGGGAAUAUGUCAGUGACUGACUAUGCUGCAAAGUUCACUGAAUUGGCCAAAUUUUAUCCAUACUAUGAUGGAGAGGGUGCAGAGUUUUCAAAAUGCGUUAAGUUUGAAAAUGGGUUACGCUCUGAGAUCAAGAAGGCUAUAGGGUAUCAGCAGAUCCGCGUUUUCCCUAACUUGGUAGACAGCUGCAGAAUCAUUGAGGAAGAUAAUGCUGCUCACUAUAAGAUUGUCAGUGAUAGAAGAGGUAAGCAGAGUCAGCAACGUGGCAAGCCUUAUGACACUCCAGCUGGCAAGGGCAAACAGAGAGCUGCUCCGGGCCAGAGAACAAGUGGGGGAGGUGCUCCUGCCCCGAUUGUGUGUUUUAAAUGUGGCAAGGCUGGUCACAAGAGUACUUACUGCACUGAUGACGUUAAGAAGCGUUUCCGUUGUGGCAAGACUGGUCAUAUGAUGUCUGAAUGUAGACAUAAAGAAGUGAAACCAAAGAAGGCACAAGCUGGUGGUAAGGUGUUCGCAUUGGCUGGUACUCAGACAAGCACUGAGGACAGACUCAUUAGAGGUACUUGCUUCAUCAAUAGUAUGCCUUUAAUUACUAUUAUCGACACUGGUGCUACUCAUUAUUUUAUUGCUGCUGAAUGUGUUGAAAAGUUGGGUCUUGUGCUAUCUUCGAUGAAUGGCGAGAUGGUAGUUGAGGUUCCAGCUAAAGGAUCUGUGACUACAUCUCUUGUUUGUUUGAAGUGUCCGUUGUCGAUCUUCGACAGGGACUUUGCUGUUGAUUUAGUAUGUUUACCGUUAGCCGGGCUGGACGUAAUUUUGGGAAUGAACUGGUUAGAAUAUAACUAUGCUCAUAUCAAUUGUUAUAACAAGACUGUGAGAUUUUCAACUGCCGAAGAAGAAGGAGCUGGUUUAGUAUCAUCUAAGCAGGUACGACAAUUGCUGACGGAAGAAGUAGAGAUGUUCUCGUUGAUGGCAACAUUGUCAAUCGAGAAUCAGAACAUCAUCGAUGAGCUACCAGUAGUAUGUGAAUUCCCUGAAGUUUUUCCCGAUGAGAUUCUCGAUGUGCCGCCAGAAACAGGAAUUGAGUUUACGAUUGAUCUUGUACCUGAAUUAAAGAAACAAUUAGAAGAUUUACUGGAGAAGAAGUUUGUCAGACCAAGUGUAUCGCCGUGGGGAGCUCCACUGCUGUUAGUGAAGAAAAAGGAUGGAAGCAUGAGACUUUGCGUAGAUUAUAAACAGCUGAAUAAGGUAACCAUUAAGAAUAAAUACCCGCUACCGAGAAUAGAUGAUUUGAUGGACCAAUUGGUGGGUGCGAGUGUUUUUAGCAAGAUCGAUCUGAGGUCGGGUUACCAUCAAAUUAAGGUUAAAGAUGAAGAUGUACAGAAGACAGCAUUCAGAAUAAGAUAUGGAAAUUAUGAAUAUUCAGUGAUGCCAUUUGGUGUUACGAACGCGCCAGGAGUAUUUAUGGAAUAUAUGAAUCGUAUCUUCCAUGAGUAUUUAGAUCAGUUCGUCGUGGUGUUCAUAGACGACAUCUUGAUAUAUUCUAAAUCAGAGCCAGAGCAUUCAGAUCAUUUGAGGACGAAGGAGCUAAACAUGAGACAGCGAAGAUGGUUAGAACUGCUGAAAGAUUAUGAUUUCGGGUUGAAUUAUCACCCCGGUAAGGCGAAUGUUGUGGCUGAUGCCUUAAGCCGGAAGACCUUGCACAUGUCCGCUAUGAUGGUUAAAGAAUUAGAAUUGAUCGAACAAUUCCGAGAUAUGAGCUUGAUUUGUGAAGUGACACCGCAGAGUGUUAAGUUGGGAAUGCUUAAAAUUGAUAAUGACUUUCUGAACAGUAUCAAAGAGGCUCAGAAAUUGGAUGUGAAAAUGGUAGACAUGAUAGUGGGUUGUGGCAAAUCCGAGAAGAGUGAUUUUAGGGUGGAUGCGCAAGGAGUGUUGAGAUUGCAGGAUCGAAUAUGUAUCCCUGAUGAUAAUGAUAUGAAAAGGAUGAUUUUAGAAGAAGGUCAUCGAAAUUGA